AUGUCGGUGAUCGCCGAGGAAGACGACUAUGAAUCGGAGCCCGACCAGAACCGGGUGGUGGGUCGGCCUAAGGGCAAGUUGGUCCCAGCCUCAGCGGUGAAGUUGGCUGCCAACCGAACAACAGCAGGAGCUCGCAGGCGCUGGACGCGAUGCCUCAAGUGCGAGGCCUGCCUAGGGACUGAGUGCGGAGAGUGUCACUUUUGCAAGGACAUGAAGAAAUUCGGAGGCCCUGGGCGCAUGAAGCAGAGCUGCAUCAUGCUGCAGUGCAUCACGCCAGUGCUGCCCCACACCGCCAUGUGCCUUGUGUGUGGCGAGGCAGGGAAGGAGGAAACAGUGGAAGAGGAAGAAGGCAAGUUUAACCUCAUGCUUAUGGAGAGCUCCAUCUGCAACGAGAUCAUCCACCCUGGAUGCCUUAAGAUUAAGGAAUCAGAGGGUGUGGUCAACGAUGAGCUUCCCAAUUGCUGGGAGCAUUCGAAUUGUAACCAUGCUGGCAAGACCGGGAAACAAAAGCGUGGCCCUGGCUUUAAGUAUGCCUCCAACCUGCCUGGCUCCUUGCUCAAGAGGCAGAAGAUGAAUCAGGACAACAAGGAAGGGCAGGAGCCUGCCAAGCGGAAGAGUGAGUCUGAAGAGGCUCCCCGUCGCAGGUCAGAUGAACACCCUAAAAAGGUGCCUGCAGAUAGCAUCCUACGCCGAAAGUCUGAUGAUGUGCACCUAAGGAAGAAACAGAAAUAUGAGAAGCCCCAAGAGCUCAGUGGACGCAAGCGAGCCUGGACGUUUCAAAUGUCCCCCUGUUCUUCCUCUCACCUCUCGCGUCUCAGCCCUUGGUGGAGAUCCAGUCUCACUUACUUCCAGCAGCAGCUAAAACCUGGCAAAGAAGAUAAGCUUUUCAGGAAAAAGCAGUGGUCCUGGAAGAACACUGAGGAUCGGUUGACACUGGCCAACCAACCCCUUAGGCGCUUCAAGCAGGAAACAGAGGACGAUCUGCCUGAGGCAUCUCCUAAGGCCCAGGCGAGUGACCAGUCACGUUCCAGCUCACCCACCGCUGGGCCCAGCACUGAAGGGGCUGAAGGCCCAGAAGAGAAGAAAAAGGCGAAGAUGCGCCGGAAACAGAGGCUUCCCAACAAGGAGCUGAGCAAAGAGCUAAGCAAGGAGCUCAACCACAAGAUCCAAAAGACAGAGAGUACCUUGGCCCACGAGACCCACCAGCCCAUCAAGUCAGAGCCCGAAAGUGAGAACGAGGAGCCAAAGAGGCCCCUAAGCCACUGCGAGCGCCCCCACUACUUCAGCAAGGGGCUCAACGGCACCCCUCGGGAGCUACCACACCCUCUGAGACCUGGCCUGCGCAGCCCACCUUGUGGUACGUCCCGGCCCCCACCUAAGUGCAUCCAGAUGGAGCGUCAUGUGAUCCGGCCGCCACCCAUCAGCCCUCCACCUGACUCGCUGCCCCUUGACGAUGGAGCAGCCCAUGUCAUGCACAGGGAGGUGUGGAUGGCAGUCUUCAGCUACCUCAGCCACCAAGACCUGUGUUUCUGCAUGCAGGUCUGCAGAACCUGGAACCGCUGGUGCUGCGAUAAGCGGUAGUGGAUCCGCAUUGACCUGAACCACUGCAAGUCCAUCACGCCCCUGAUGCUGAGUGGCAUCAUCCGGCGACAGCCUGUCUCCCUUGACCUCAGCUGGACCAAUAUCUCCAAGAAGCAACUGAGUUGGCUCAUCAACCUGUUGCCUGGGCUCCGGGACUUGGCGCUGUCCGGCUGCUCAUGGAUUGCUGUCUCAGCCCUCUGUAGCUCCAGUUGUCCAUUGCCCCAGACCCUGGAUGUCCAGUGGGUAGAAGGACUAAAGGAUGCCCAGAUGCGGGAUCUCCUGUCCCCACCCACAGACAACAGGCCAGGUCAGAUGGACAAUCGGAGCAAGCUCCGGAACAUUGUAGAACUGCUCCUUGCUGGCCUGGACAUCACAGAUGCCUCCCUGCGGCUCAUUAUCCGCCAUAUGCCCCUGCUAUCCAAGCUCCAUCUCAGUUACUGUAACCACGUCACUGACCAUUCCAUCAAUCUGCUCACUGCAGUUGGCACUACCACCCAAGACUCUCUGACAGAGAUAAACCUAUUAGACUGCAAUAAGGUCACUGACCAGUGCCUGGUCUUCUUCAAACGCUGUGGAAAUAUUUGUCAUAUUGACUUGUGGUACUUCAAGCAAGUCACCAAGGAAGGCUGUGAGCAGUUCAUAGCUGAAAUGUCUGUGAGUGUUCAUUUUGGGCAAGUUGAAGAGAAACUUCUUCAAAAACUAAGUUAG